AUGGCAGAAUCUGCAGUUUCUGCUGUGGUGGGAAGAAUUGGUAACCUGGUCGUCAGGGAGUCAUCGCUACUUUGUUCAGUCACCGGUGAAGUGGAGUUCUUGAAGGAGGAGCUAGAGAGGCUGCAGGGUUUUCUGGAAGACGCCGACAACAAGAUGAGGUCUGGCAACGCGAGCAUGGCUGUCUGCGUCAGGCAGCUCAGAGAUGCAUCAUAUGAAACGGAGAACAUUAUUGAAGCUGCAGUGUACGUGAAGUUGCGAAGCAGGCUGAAGAAGGGUUUUAUGGGUGCCAUCUCAAGGUAUGCUCGUUUGCCAAGAAAGUUUGUUGCCCUUCAUAAGGUUGAUGUUCAAAUUCGUCGUGUAAGGCGUAAAAUCAGUGCAAUUGAGAAUAGCAUGUUUAAUUUAAAUAUUGCCAACCUCAGCAUCGAUGCGUCAGAGGAUAUUGAGGAUAAUGCGCUUAUCCCGCAGAAUUUUGUAGAUGAUGUUGUUGUUGGUUUUGAGGAUGAGUGCAAAGAAAUAGUGGAAAAGCUAGUUGACCAAAAGAAUGAAAAACUUAGUGCUGUCUCAUUGGUAGCCAUGGGUGGAGCAGGAAAGACUACACUCGCUAGAAAAGCGUACAAUUCACCUAGAGUAAAAGAAUACUUUAAUGAAUUUGCUUGGGUGACUGUAUCCCAAAAGUUCAAGGGCAUUGAUCUACUAAAUGAUAUUCUGAAACAAAUAACGGGGGCCAGUUAUGAAUCAAGCAAGGCAACUGAUCAAAUCCAGGAGAAUGAGAUCGGAAAGAAGAUCCAUGACUUUCUAUUACAAAGAAGAUACUUGUUGGUUCUUGAUGAUGUGUGGGAGGCAGACACUUGGGAGCAAAUAAAUAGAGCAGCUAAAGUCUUUCCAGAUACAAAUAAUGGCAGUAGAGUACUGUUAACCACACGGAAAAAAGAUGUUGCGCAUCAUAUUCAAAUGCCAACUUAUGUUUGUGAUCUAAAGCUCAUGGAUGAAGAGAAAUCUUGGGAGCUUUUUAAAAGCAAAGCUUUACCAUCAUACAGAAUGUACAUGAUUUGUAAUCCUGACAAGUUUGAAGAAAUAGGGAGAAAACUUGCAAGGAAGUGUGCUGGCCUGCCACUUGCACUUGCAGUUCUUGGGGGGUAUCUAUCGAAGAAUCUAAAUCUAGAUGCAUGGUCAGAUUUGCUUUUGGGUUGGACAUCCAUAGAAGAAGUAGAGGUGGUGGGACACAUACUAGCUCGGAGUUAUAAUGACUUGUCAAAUAAGUGGCGCAAGUCAUGUUUCCUCUAUGUUGCUUCUUUCCCGGAGGAUUAUGAUAUAACUGUGGCAGAUCUGAUUGAAGUCUGGAUAGCUGAAUGCUUCAUUCCACAUACAGCAAGGCAUACAAUGGAAGAAACGGCACAGAGGUAUGUUACCGAUUUGGCUCAAAGAAACUUGGUGCAAUUUGACUUUGCAAUGGCAUCUGGUUAUAUGGCAAUCCAAACAAUAAGGAUUCAUGAUGUUCUACGUGAUUGGUGCAUAGAAGAAGCAAGAAGAGAUGGUUUUCUCCAUAUCAUUGACAAAACUACAGGCCAAGCUGGUGCAUCAUCUUCUGAUACCAUGACGUCCUAUCGUUCUUGUUUUCAUAAUUUCUAUGAUGAUCGGAUUCUCCAGUCAACACCUAAUCUCCUUACAUGGAUUGGUUUUGGACUUUCAGAAGUGUUCCUUCCGAAGCUAAGGUUCCUAAAAGUUCUUUACAUAGAAAAUUCAAGCCUCAAGAAUUUGAUGUUAAUUCGUGGGUGCAUUCACCUAAGAUACCUUAGGUUGAGAAAUUGUCACACUGUUACACUUCCUUCUUCUAUUGGACAACUCCUUUACUUGCAAACUGUAGAUCUGAGGGGCACAUCUCUUGGCAGAAGUUUACCAAUCACCGCAUGGGCUAUCCCUACCCUAAGGCACCUUUACCUUGAUUCUGGAUCUUGUGGAACCAUUGAACUAGACCCGAUGCCACUCCUAGAGAAGCUUCCAUGUCUUGUGGUGUUGCAUCUAUGGAAUUAUCGGGGCCCGACUAUGCACUGCUCUGCCCAAGGAUUGCCUCAGCUGCAAAAUCUGGAACUUCAUUUCUUUAGUACCGAGUGGACGAUAGAGGUGGGGGCAAUGCCAAGACUCUCCAACCUGAAGCUUCUGAGUUGCGGGAUGCAGAAGCUCCCCGAGGAUCUGCUGAACCUGCAGUGCUUGAAGAAGUUGGAAACUAACUGCUGGCAGCUUAAAUUUGACAACACAUGGAAAGAACUGAAAAAGAAGGGAUGCAAGAUGUGUGUUUUGGUGGAUGCCUCUUAG